UUUUUCAUAGGUUAUGUUUACCCCGGUCAACGUAACAUCACUCCCAAAACACAAAUAUUAUUAUUAAACCAGGGUGAAAAAUAUUAAGUAAACCCGAUCCAAAAUGUCAGAAGACCAAGGAGAAAACAUGCCAAAGUCGAUAAAACGAAAGAAAAAGAGAUCUUUCAACCAAAUGGCGAAAAAAAUGGCCCGAAGUCGAAGUUAUGCAGGCGAACUCGAAUCAAACGCGUAUCAAUACAUGGUUCGUGUUUCUGAAAUGUUGAGAACAGAAUUUCCUAAGAUGGAUGAUAAACUGAUUUUCGCGAACAAUGUUUACGAAGAAACUAAAGGACAAGAGGCUGAUUAUGCGAGAAAUCAGGUUGGAUCAAGAGUCCUCGAAAUCCUGAUGCCGUUCGCAAACUUCGAGGCAAUAAAACGGAUGCUGGAUGCUUUUCAAAAUGAUUUAAGACCCAUGUGCAGUGACAGAUUCUCGAGUCACGUUUUGCAAAAAUUAAUAUGCGUUUGUGUCGACCGGGGAAAUGAAUCUUCUGAUAAAGAGAAAGACGCAAAUUUGGUUAAAGUGAAGAAAGGAGAGAAGAAUCAGUAUAAUGAGAUGGCUUUGAAAUUGUGCAAGUACGUAAUUAAUAAUAUGGAGGAAUUUGUAUGGGAUACGUAUGCGAAUCAUGUGCUUCGAACGGUUCUUGAAUGUUUGGGAGGAUUGAUCAAUAAACCGAAAGAUCGCAAGGAUAAAUCUGGAUCAAAUUUGGUGUCGAGGAGGAUAGUUGUUCAGAGUUUUACGGACUUGCUUGUUGAUAGCUGCAAAAGGAUGCACAGAUGGCCCCAAUUUCAGGAAUUUGGCAAGAGCGAGCUCACAUCAGGACUCCUGCAAUCCGUCCUACAUUCCUUAAAAGACGUGGAUCCCGAAUUAUGCUCCACAAUAAUCAACAAAAUCACAAAUGAAAAUUUCGCCUCAGAAGACGAAAACAAAUUGAUAGCCCUCCUCGAAUCCGAUUCCUCCGCAAGGUUAAUUGAAGUCUGCCUCGCAGUUUCAGAUCCCAAAACGUUUGCUCAAAUUCACGAAAAGUAUUUUGCAAAAAAACUGGGCCAAUUGUCUGUCAUGAGAAGUGCCAACUUUUGCGUGCAACGACUGCUGGACAAUUGCAGCUCGAGAGAACUUUUCGAAGAAAUCUUCGACGAGAUUUCAAAUAAUUUUGAUAUGAUUUUCCAGAGACAGUUUGGCGGAGUUUUAGUGAGUGUUGCCAAUGCUUGUUUGAGGCUGCGUUCGAAACAAGGACCCUUUAUCAAUCUGAUGAUGAAAACGCUUCAUUGUGAGGAGGCUAAGCGACAAAAGGAAAUUGCUCGACUACUCGCGAGUCUUGCAACUUACGAAAAAUUGGAAGAAGCCAGAAAGGAGAAGAAGAAUCUUCCUCUGCAGGUUUACGGAAGUGUUAUUCUUCAGGCGACGCUCAAGUUCAAUAAACCCAUCAAAAUUGUCAAUUCGCUUCUAGAGGCUAACACCGAGGAUCUCAUUUUUAUCUUUGGCGAUUCGAAAGGAAGUUGGAUUGUCGAUACUUUCAUGGAGAGUGAAUUUGUCGGGGAGAAAAGUCGUGAGAAGUUGGCGAGGAAAUUGCAAGGUUACUGGGUGCAAUUGGCGAGCACAACUCACGGAUCGAGAAGUUUGGAUAAAAUUUGGAAGAAGGUCAAUGAGAAGCAGAGGAUGGUGAUUAUGGAGGAGUUGGCCAAAGUUGGAGAGUCACUUCGUUCCACGAGAACUGGGAAAAUCAUUUCUGCCAACUUGAAGGUGCCCUUGUUCGCGAGAAGCAAAAAAGAAUGGACUGAAGCUCAAGGGAAGGAAGGAAAAACGAAGGCUUUGUUUGCGGAUAUUAUUGAUACGAAUUUAAAAAGUGAAGACGAUUGAUUUUUAGGAAGUGUUUUUUUGUUUUCUAGUUCAAUUUGGAAAAAGGUAGGAAGUGCUUGAAUAUGACUUUAAUGUAUGUUUUCAGUUUGUUUAUCUAUAUUUAAACAAAAAAGAAGAUUUUUUGAAGAAUUUCUGCAACAACGAUUUCCAAAUUAGUCAGUUUAUGUCACGAUUUUCAUUUUUAAAUGUUUAUAAA